AUGACGAGUGAUGGAAUUAUUGAAGAGGGAAGCGCCACCCUGGCUAAUCUUUUGGCUGAAAAAGUAGAACAAUUGAUGGAAUGGAGUUCCAGGCGCUCAAUCUUCCGAAUGAAUGGUGAUAAAUUCCGAAAAUUCAUAAAGGCACCACCUCGAAACUAUUCCAUGAUCGUUAUGUUCACUGCUCUUCAGCCUCAGCGGCAGUGUUCUGUUUGCAGGCAAGCUAAUGAAGAAUAUCAAAUACUGGCUAACUCCUGGCGCUAUUCAUCUGCUUUUUGUAACAAACUGUUUUUCAGUAUGGUGGACUAUGAUGAGGGAACAGAUGUUUUUCAGCAGCUUAACAUGAACUCCGCUCCUACGUUCAUGCAUUUUCCUCCGAAAGGCAGACCCAAGAGAGCUGAUACCUUUGACCUUCAAAGAAUUGGAUUUGCAGCUGAACAGCUAGCAAAAUGGAUUGCCGACAGAACGGAUGUUCAUAUCCGGGUUUUCAGACCACCCAACUACUCUGGCACCAUCGCUUUGGCCUUGUUAGUGUCACUUGUUGGUGGUCUGCUCUACUUGAGAAGGAACAACUUGGAAUUCAUCUACAACAAAACUGGUUGGGCCAUGGUAUCUCUGUGUAUUGUUUUUGCUAUGACAUCUGGCCAGAUGUGGAAUCAUAUUCGUGGGCCUCCAUAUGCUCAUAAGAACCCACACAAUGGACAAGUGAGCUACAUUCAUGGGAGCAGCCAGGCUCAAUUUGUGGCAGAAUCACACAUUAUUCUGGUACUGAAUGCUGCUAUUACCAUGGGGAUGGUUCUUCUAAAUGAGGCAGCAACUUCCAAAGGAGAUGUUGGAAAAAGACGGAUAAUUUGCCUAGUGGGAUUAGGCCUGGUGGUCUUCUUCUUCAGUUUUCUACUUUCAAUAUUUCGUUCCAAGUACCAUGGCUAUCCUUAUAGAGGUGCUGACCCCGGUUUAACCGGAGUUCAUGAAUUCUCAGGCUGUGGUCCCUUCCUGCGUUUAGUUCCUUCCUGUUGGCUGCUGCCCGUUCAUUUCACUUGUUCUCAAACUUUUUAAUUAAAUGAAGCCAAAUGGGAUUUGCAUAAAGUGAAUAUUUACCAUGAAGAUACUGUUCCUGACCAUUUUGAAUUCUUGAGUUCUUUUUCUGUUCCUUGUGAUAAGUUAGUUUAUCCUUGUAUACAUUUUUUAAACUGUGGGUUUUCCUAGUCGAUUUAAUUUAUAGAAAUGGAUAGUAACAUUCAGUAAUCUGCAAAGGAAACAUUAAAAUGUUUUUUCAAACAUAUUCAGUGUAUGUGGUAGGAUUGGAAUAAAUGACAAAUGUAACUACGAAUUCAUGUUUUAGAACUGUUCACUCAUUAGUAAAGGAAUCCUAUGGAAUGUAUGUUAAAGAAUAAUUAGUAUUGUACAGGGAUAAGGCAUAUGCAUGAAAAUGUCAUGUAUGGGAAAUUAUACUUAAUUGCAGUUUCAGUUAUAAAGGACGUGCACUGUUACAAG